UUGACAAGAAAAUGCAUUGCAGUCCUGGCUAUAGUUUUUGCAUUCAUUACACUCAACUUAUGGCUUGUGGCUAUGGUAACACCAGGAUGGUUUAUUGCAUCGUGGGAAAAUAUUGACCCACUCAUAAUACAGAAGGUUUCAAGACCUUUAUGGAAAUGGAUCAGGAACUUUGGUGAUCCCUUUGAAAGACCCCAUUUAAACAUAGAUGUAGAAAUGAGCAUAUGGUAUUGCUCAGUGUGUUACAAUGAUACUUGCGACCAAGUUUCUUGUCAGAAACUUAUUGGAGAAGCAUUAUGCAGUAAAUAUGGAGUAGAGUCAGAAAAGCGCUUUCCUUUUUUAAUUGAUAGUCAAGUGUGGGGUAUCCUAGCAAUAAUUUCUUGCUUGUGUAGUUUAAAUCUUCUUGUGUUCAGCUUUGGUAGUGCCGUCAGGGUUAGAGCUGGAGGAAUCGCCAUGUUGAUGGCAGCUUUGUUUGAAAUGUUCCUGAUUCUUCGCAUGGCUAAGGACAACAUACCUGUUGCAGAACUUUUAGAUAUGAAGGUCAGGAAUCCUUACUCCGUCAUUUUCGCCGGAAUCGGUCUGGGUUUUAGCUGCCUCGUCAUGAUCCUCAGUAAAAUUUUGUAUACAAAAUCAGGCCAACAGGUUACUGAUUUGCCUCCACACCAUACUGUUCUUCAAGAAAGUGAUUAAUUCUACAAAAUGCUUGCAAAUAUACUUAUAACAGUAAUUGUCUGAGUAAUAAAUAUAAUAUUUUACAGAAUAAUUAUUAAAGUUUGACAAAAUUCA